AGAGGAAGGACAUUAACAUUGAUCUGCUGCUUUACUGAAGGCUGUAGUGACACAAGGUCAGAGGUGAUAAACCCACAUCUUUAAUCUUUUGUCAAUGUUUUCACAGGACACUUUGGGUGAUUUGUGCAUUUGCUGCAUUUUAUAGCACUUGAUGUAUUCAUUCAUGCUUAUGAAUGUCGUAAAUAUGGAAGCAGUACAGUGAAAAACUGCCAGAUGUUAUUUGGUUCCAUUAUGUUGAGUCACUGCAUUCUGUACUUUCACUAGUAUUAAAUCACAAGAAGUCAGUCUGAAGAUAAUUAUUCUUUGGAUUUGUAUGACACUUUGCUUCCAGUGCUUUUCAUACAAUUGCCACACGUAAUGAACGUAUUCUUUACUGGAAAGUUAUUUUAGAAUUAAUUAGACCUCGUGGAGGCUUUUGGCAAAUUACGCGGUGAUAGUUAAUUAUAACUUCUACCACACGUGCGUGCGUAAAGUCGGUGGCUGGGCGCGCAAACACGCAGCACUUCACUGCGGGGAACAGCGGUUGUCAGGCGUGUGCUUCGGAGUGGGAGUAGGGGAUGUGGACGAUUUAUCGAGCCAUUCGCCUCUCAGACUGGAAGAAUUUACCCCAAAACAUUCCACAUGGACUACUUUUGUCUCCUCCACGAGCCUCAAACAAAGUCUGGCUGAAAAUGAGACCUAACAAUCGGUGAUUGUCGAUUUCGAAAGACGGUUUGUACAGUACUUGACGAGAAUCCCUUUGCUGGCGCCUGUCUCAGAUAUGGCACAUCUCCGGAUCCAGUGAGAGAAUCCACGAAGUCAGACGCGCGUGCGGCGCGGAGAGGAGCGAAAGGAGUCGGGAACUUGCGUGGCGCAGGACACGGUCUCGUAUCGAAGCGGCGCCGCCACAGCGGCCACGGGGAGAGAGAGAGAGAGCCAUGGUCAACUCCCUGGUACUGAUGCUCAGCUGGACCGUGAUGUCGGAGGUGGCGAGGGCGCAAAAUGACACGGAGCCCAUCGUCCUGGAGGGCAAGUGCCUCGUGGUGUGCGACUCGAACCCGACCACGGACUGGAAGGCUUCGUCCUCUCCGCUCGGCAUCUCCGUGCGCGCCGCCAACUCCAAGGUGGCUUUCUCUGCAGUCCGGAGCAACAACCACGAGCCGUCGGAGAUGAGCAACAAAACCAGAAUCAUCUACUUCGACCAGAUUCUUGUGAAUAUAGGAAACUACUUCACGUUUGAAUCAGUGUUUUUGUCCCCGAGAAAAGGCGUCUACAGUUUUAACUUCCAUGUCAUAAAAGUGUACCAGAGUCAAACCAUACAGGUGAACUUGAUGUUGAAUGGGAAACCAGUCAUCUCUGCAUUCGCAGGUGACAAAGACGUAACCCGUGAGGCGGCCACCAACGGAGUUCUCCUUUAUCUGGAGAAGGAGGACAAAGUCUAUCUAAAGCUGGAGAAGGGGAACCUGGUGGGCGGAUGGCAGUACUCAACGUUCUCCGGCUUUCUUGUGUUUCCGCUGUAAAAGAAAAGGCGAUUAUGGAGAUGGAUUACAACAAAGAGAGGAAAUCAGCCUUUGAGAAUCAUUCACAUUCUCUGGAAGCGAGUCCCCAUCCAGAUGAGAGGCGGUCCCCGUCGCUGCUCUGUGUUGCUGUCACUCAAGCAGCCGCACAGAGAAACACUAAAACAUCUCAAAAGAACUUUUCCGACUCCGACUUGACGGAAUAUGUUUAGCAUACGGAUUUUCUUUCACGCCAACCGUUGCAUUCAAGUAAUUCUGCCUUUGCGGGUUUUCAGCUGUGUUUCCCUGUGUUGUACUGUACUCGUCACCACCAGCUGUUGUCAUUAUGCUACGGGGGGCGUUUUCUGUUUGGAACCAGGGGUGGUUUGAGCGGGAUGAGUGAAAGCGGCGUGUUUUAGCGGAAAUCGUUUGUCGACGUUGCUUGAUUGAACAAAUUAAUUGUUGUUUCAUAGAAAAGAAGAUUAGUGCUUAUUGCAAUAUGUGUUUUGUUGAGCAGAACUGUGGAUGGAUUAGUCUAGGGAACCGGCCCAGCAGCCAAAGAGUCAAGGAACGCUGGACAUCCCCCAGCCAAAUGUUCCUGGAAUACAAAAUAAGCACAACACGCAGAAUGUGAAGAAGGGCUGUGAACUGCAGACGUACAGUACCUGGAAGUACAGGAAACGAAACAUAUUUAAAUCAAAGAGCAUCCAUGAAGAAAUGUGAAAUGAAAUGUUUGCAACUUUUUGAAGGUACUAGGGUAAAAAUAAAGUAGUAGACACACAAAAUAUCUACAGAGACGUGGAGGCUGAAGACAAAGACCUACCAAAUAUUCACACUACAUCAUUCGGACUUCUGUAACAGGAAUGUUAAACAAUUACAAUGAUUCAGUGAUGGGAAAAAAUGUAGUCAUUGUCCUGUACUUCUUUCACUCAUCAGUCUGGAUGUCUUGCUCAUAUGUAGGUUCAGUUCAUGGAGGUCAGAGGUCAGUUUUCUCUACAUAUUGACAUAAUUUAGGCUCAGUGCUAAUAGCGGGUUUUUUGCUUUUCACGAUUUCUAGUUUGCAGUUAAAAUGUUUAUUAAUCCCGUGUCUUACAGUAGAAGGUUUAUUUUCCAAUAAUGUCUCCUGCUGAGCACAUUUGAAGGGAGAAAAAAUUAUUGCCUGGGUUUUGUUGAGUGGCUGGACACAAUGAUGAUACUGUACUUUAUGGAUGGGUCCAGGUUUUGGCUCACACUUAAGCACACACUUUAAUUAGGGGGCUCUGUUGAUAAUGCACUUUAUUCAUACAAUCAUCCUCCCAGUGCAAAGCAGACCAGCAAGAACAGUCACCUUGGCAGUUCAGCUGCAAAGAAAGGCAAUUUUUAGAAGCCAGUGUUACAGCUCCACAUGAAUGUUAACGUUGCUCUGAUCAAUUUGUUGGAUGUGUAAAUACGGAACUGUUCGCUUACAAGUUCAGAACAUCAACUCCAACCUUAAUAAUACGGUGUAUUCCAUUGUGUUUUUCAGUGUGUUGUUGCCCUCAAGUGGCCAAAAAAACUGUUAUUUACCAAGAUGAUUGUUUUGGAAAAUUAUUUUAAAGGAUUAAAUAAACUGCAUUUAAAGUCACUGUACAGCAGUUUCUAAAUCGCUGACUGACAAAAGACAAAGUCAUUAAAUAUGUUUAUUUUGAAUCUGGCAUAUUUUAAUCAGUUUCUCUUUAUCUUGUUUUAAAUAUAUAUGUAAAUAAAGUUAAACUGAGAAUAGGAGAACCAUAACUGGUAAACAUAUAAGUACAUAAAGUACUCGUCUAACGUGGUGGGCACAAGAGCAUUAACAUCUUCUACUGGGCAGCCUGUGUAUCUGAUAAAUUAAUAAACUCCUUAAUUGUUGCUCUUGAGCUCAAUGAGCUCUUACAGUACGUGACUGCCAUCACAUCCGCACGUGUCACUGCUGCCUUCACUGCAGCAUGUGAUGCUGGUGCAGUGGAUCAACUGGGAAUCUGGUGGAGGCGCGUUGUAAGUCAUCACAAAUAAAAUAAUAAGCUACAGUACACUCCCAUUAGUUCCGUCUAAAUGUGACUGAAGGCGAGUGCGCAGCUCAAUGUUUGUCUCGUGUGUUUAAUGUUAAGCCAGAGCUGAGUUCCACUUUAUGCAAACAGUUGCUGAAAGAAUCAGGGCUUCUUCAAUAACACUAACACUGCUUUUUUUGAAGUUAGAGAAUGGCAAUAGUGACAUUUCAUUAGCCUGCUUUUUUUUAACAGUGUAGAUUUUUUUGCAAAUCUAAAACAACUCUAUUUUUGUGUGUACAGUACAUCUCAGUAUGUUUUGUUUGUGUCUGCUUCCACAGGUUGAAUCAUGACUGUGCCUCUUAAUUAUGUAUUUUGCGUUACUUUAAGUCUUUAAGUCUGCUUUAAAAAAUAUGAUUGUUAAACUGUAAUUAUAAAUAAUAAAUAUACAUAACCAAACUACGCUGAUGGGAAGACAAACAGUAAUACAGUGUAUGAACGUAUUCACCAAUGUAAGAAAAAUAAAAGCUUCUUUUUAUAA